AUGAAAAUCUCGCUCUUUUAUAGUGAAAAAUCCGGCAAUAUGCAACCACCUCUUACUGUAACCACUUAUUCAGCAGGUGGUUACGGUAGUAAAAUACGGAAUGGUGGCAAGCAGAAAGAAGUAGUAGCAAGUGGUGCAAAUAAUGCUAUUCAACAAUUUUAUCAGUUUCAUAUUUGUUGA